GGGUAGGAACCAUCGGUUAUGUUUUGUUCUGCCCGGAAACGGUACGGCGGGCAGUUUAAACUACCGGAUGUGACGCGGAGGAGAAAACGGUUUUCGGCGUCGCUUCGGUUCAAAAUAAACAAAAGCUCGUGCGGUUCGUUUCUCUCCGGGACGCGAUGCUUUACAAACGUUCAGCUUCGUCAGAUGUUUCCUCCAUGUGGACGGAAACAUCUCCAUAGCUGCUGGGUGGGACAUGUCCGCGGGAGCAUUCAGAGAAGAUGAAGAGGAAACUGGUGAAACUGAGACCGAGCCCCAACGAGGAGGCUCGGAUCAUAAGAGAAGAACACGAGAGGAGGCGGAAGCUGCGGAUACAGCAGGUGCGGGAGCAGCAGCGACACAUCGCUCAGCAGAUCCGACAGGCGGUGGAGCAGAGGCGGCAGCGGGAGCUGGAGCUGCUGGGGGAGCAGCUGCGGCGGGACUGGGAGCGGCAGCAGCAGGAGAAGCUCCACGCGCUGCAGAGGCUGUACCAGGACAGUCUCCAGCUGCUGGGACAGGGACACAGGAGCGCGAAGGAAAAUGAACCCGACUUGGCAGCCAUUGCUCAGAGGGAGGAGGAAAAUCACGCCAAAGCAGAUCAGCGUUAUCGAGAAGCCCUGAAGGAGCUGAAAUCACAGAGACUCAAAGAACACGAGAGACAAAGCCAACUCGUCAGUUCCAGGAGGAAGGCACUGCAGACAGAAAAGGAGAGAUCAGCAAAGGUGGUCCGGCUCCCGCCGCCUCCCCCCAACCCCGUUCAGAACAUCGAUUAUAAGAAGCCACACGUAGUGAAGAAAUCUGAUGUGAGUGCCUUCGCUGCCACACAUUACAACAUGCCAGAGAGCACAGUGGACAGAGAGGAAGACACACAGCAGAUGAAUGCUCAUGAGGAAGCUGAGCUGGAGGUGAGGAGACAGCAGGAGCUGCAGAGGGAGGAAACGAGGAGGAGAGAGGAGCAGCUUGAGAAGGCUCGUCUCAGGGGGAGGCAGGCCCUGAAGAGGGAACAGCUCGUACAGGAUCGUGAGCGCUUGCUUGUUGAACUGGAGCACAUGCAGCAGACCGACCUGCUGAGGAGGAGACAGCAGGUGUCACAGAUGCCUCCUCAGAUCUUCCAGCCUCUCUACAAGAGACAGGAGACGAGGGACGACUUCCAGAGGGAGAUUGAGUUUGCCUUUGAGGACAUGUACACAGGAGAGAGGAGGGUCAAAGGUGACCUGGUGGUCCAGCUGGCUCCGGAGCCCCUCCCAGCUCUGUCCACAGGCAGCCAGGACCAAGAGCUGGACGUCACUCUGGAUGAAAUCACCUCACCGGGAACAGAAAACUCUUCACAUGAAGCUGAGCAAGAGGCUGAGCGCAAUGAGCAGGAAACAUCCGCUCAAGUGGGACCCUCCAAACCUGCUCCUCGGCGGGCGUUGAAGAAACUCCUGGAUCGUAUCAGAGGUCAGAGGAACCAGUGGACUGAACACAGCAGUCGUGUGUCUCCAGCUGAUUCACCGACUGUCAUGACGGAUCAGAUCCCGGAGCGCGACACCACCAUCGAGACCGGCUCCCUGACCAGCGAGGAGAAGAACCAGCCAGCUCCCAUCGAGCUCCUGCAGCCGGUUCUCUCACCACCAGAUAAAACAUCCACGAUUGUCAGCUCACUGGAGACGUCAGAGCCGUCACCUGCAGCAAAUACUCAACUUCCUGAUGAACUCGCAAACAGAAUCCAAGACUUUGGAGAAGAACGAAAGAAAAGGGAGGAGGAGCUUGAGCGGGAGAAGCAGCAGCAGGUGGUUUUGCUGCAGGAGCUUGAAAAGCAGAAGGUCAAACUGGAGCAGAUGCUGCUGGAGGCUCAGCAGGAGAGGGAACAUCUGAAAGCUGCUGCUGCUGGGACGCAGGAAGUGGAUUUGAACCAAUCAGACGUAACUGACCAGGAUCAGGAAGUGGCCUCGGUCCCCACUGGUCCAGCAACUGAGCUACACCUCUGCUUUCUGCAGCUGGAGCCCCCUGCAGGUGAAGAUGACCACCACCGGAGGAUCAGAGAAUAUCAACAACGGCUGCUGGAACAAAACAGAGUUCACCAGAGGUCCGUGGAAGUGGCUCGCCAGCGUCUGGAGGAAUACCAGCGAGCUCUGCGAAUUCGUUACAGCAUGACCUCCCCAUUGUUGCUGUCCGCUGUCGUACCUCCAGGUCACCCACCGCUGCACAGCACUCAGCCGCUGCAUCUUCCAACCCCUCGACCUCUAACCACAACUCCUGCAGUCCCAUCAUUCAUCCAUAAUAAACCACUAACCUCAGAAGUUCCCACUAGAGAGUCUGACAUUCUGGCUUCACCUCCACGUCUUCCUGGCUCCAGUUUGAGCUCUGGUUCCAAGCUGCUGCCUGAGGAAGUGGAAUCUCGCUCAAAUCGUUCAAGGAACCAAAGACCAGACGUGAGCUCCUGGCUCACCGACAACAUAAUGGAGAGAGUAACCGAGCACCUUCCACAGAGGGUGAGACCCUCCUCGCUCACCACAGAGCCUCCGCCUCACAAACUGUUCACAACACGUCCCUCAACCAACAUCCCACUCCAGCGAUCCUCUGAUCCCAUCCAGGCCACCAGCCCGAGCAUCUGGGAUGAUGCACCUCUGGUUCCAGGCCAUGCAGAGGUUCAGCCCGGGAUCCUGUUGAGCUCCAGAAGGGACGACAAGGGGAGGCAGAGGCGAGAGCUGCAGGAGUUCCAGAGGCGUGUGCAGGAGCAGAGGGAGGCAGUAGACCUGCAGCAAGAAGAGGAGAGGCGGAGGGGAGAGCUGCAGGAGGUGCAGAGACACAUGCAGGAGCAGAGACGGGAAGUAGAGCUGCAGGAGUUCCAGAGACGUGUUCAGCAGCAGAGGGAGGCAGUAGAGCUGCAGCAAGAAGAGGAGGAGAGGCAGAGGGGAGAGCUGCAGGAGGUGCAGAGACGAAUGCAGGAGCAGAGGGAGGCGGUAGAGCUGCAGCAGGAAGAGGAGAGGCGGAGGCGGGAAGAUGAGAUGGAGCAGAUGAGGCGGCAGAAGGAGACGUUAAAGGCUUUGAUUCAAACUGAUGCACAACCAGUUCCAGACGCUCCCAGUGAAGAGCUGGUUUCAGAGAACACGGGUCAGACUCGCCUCAGAUUACUUGCGUUCCUGCUGAGAGCGAUCGAGGAGUCUAACGGAGGAACGUUAUCACGCCUCCAAGACCCUGACAACAGGGAGGCUUCCCCUCACCUACCACCGUGUGGCAGUGAUCCCAUCGCUCAGACCAGUGCUCCUGCUCCAGCGUCCGUCCUCCUGCCAGAACUCCUCCCCCCUCCUGUCCGAGCAGCGAAGCCCCCAGUGACCCGCAUCCGACUGGGAAUCAUGGAGGCGACUGAACAACACGAGCUCAGUGCGAUUCAAGAGGUGGAGACGUCCGUCAAUAACGGCAAAAUCACAGGCCCAGAGAAGAACCUGAACGUACCAUCACACGCUGUAAACUGGGAUCCGCAGGAGGAAUCAGAUUUGUCUGUCUCAUCUGACAGAACUCUGGACACGCCCUCUGUGUCCAGCAGCGGGAAACGGACGGUUGACAGCUCGAGCAGCUUCGGGACGAACUCGGAGACGUCCCAGCAUCACAUCUGGAGAGAGAGACUGCUGACGGGAGCAGUAACAUCUUCAGACUCUGAUUCUGUCCUGAGAAUGAUCUCGCCUCCUUCGUCUGACUCUGGGAGAGGAGCCGACUUCUCUGGUCCGGCAGCCACAAGCCACAGAUCCUUCACCGAGUCUCCCCUCAGGCCUCCUGAUCCUGACUGCCUCUCCUCCACCAGCAUCUCCACCGGCAGCUACAUCACCACCGAUCCUGAGCAAAACGUAAACACUGACAAAUCCCCACCUGUCGCACUCUGUGAGGAACAUGGAGCUGAUGUUCUCGACGUCUCCUCUCCGACCGGUCAAUUCUCCUUCAUUAAGGACACGUCAGCUGCACGUCGUCAUGGUGCCGCUGUUCAAACUCUGUUUAACGACGGCAGCAUUCAGCGCAUUAUCGACCGAUACACGAGGGAGCUCGACUUCUCCCUCAGCUCCGCUGGGAGAGCGACAGACAGUGAAGCCUCGUAUGUGGACGAGCCCGGAUCUCUGGUUGGAGCCUCGGAGACGCGAGCAGAGGGCGAAGGUCGUCAGACUCGUCCCUCGGGGACUCGGACACAACGUGACCUGGAUCGAGACUUCACUGUCCAUCCAAUCCAGGAUCACUUCCCAGGUGACACCUCAUCACAGGCUGAGGACUCGUUCAGGCCUCUGAUUGGCCAGCUGGCAGAGCAGUCCUCCUGCCUCGCUGCGGACCAGAGGGACUCGGCCAUGGAGCGACUGGUCGGUCAACCGUCGGCUCACUCGUCCAUGAUCGGUCAGCUUCCAGUGAGCGUGGGUCAAGGUGGAUGGGAUUCCACUGUGAGUCGGAUGAUUGGUCGACUCUCCCAUCGGUCCAGCUCUAAUGGUCAGAGCGGCUGGCAGGACGCGAGUCAGCUGAUGGGGCCGAUGGUGGCGGAGCAGUCGACCACGUGGUUGGAUGAAGUUCAGGAGGAAAGCCAGAUGAGGCCGCUGGUUGGGGAGCCGGAUACCGAUCAGCACAGUGGAGUGUCAGGUGAACGGACCCACAUGGAUCCUAGUGUCCCAGCGGAGGCCAGUGUCCCGUCACACCCAGUGUCUCCUCCUGAAGCGUCGUCACACCGUGCCACUGUCCCGGCUGCGAGUCCACAUCCACAGGACCAGAUGCCACAGAACCAAACCAGUCCAAUGGACCUGGACCCCGAAAGGACAGACGGUGAGAAAACGGUGAAUUCAAGUGACCAGAGACCUUAUGUUUUUCCAGGCUCCGACUCUUUCCAGCCGCUGCUGGCUGAGGUCACCCACAACGACACAGCCGACCCCUCCAUGACCUUUCACCUGCUCGCACACAAAGGGCCGUCCUCACCUGAGCUGACCAGUGAGGAGCGCAGUGUUUCCUCCCGUCCUGAAGGGUCUGACACUCGCAGUGAUUCCUCUGUCGAGUCCGACCCGUCGCCUGAACGCCUUCGCUCAGAGAAUCCUGCCUCACACGAACUCCUCCAGGACCGAACCCAGGAAUCUGCCCUCGUGCUGGAAGACACCAUGAGUGCAGACGUGGAGCUGACGGCUCUGAGUCUGUCAAAUUUAACCAUGCGUGAUGAAGCACCUGCUGCAGACACAUCGCAGCCAGCAGGAGGCGCUGCAGGAGGGAGCUGCUCUACUGAAAGGUUUCGGGAUUCAGUUCAAUUCAGUGACGUUGGUGAAGAAAUGACUUCUGAGCCGGGCUCCAACCUGAGGAAGGAUAUUCCCCUCUUCCAUAAGAUCAUGGAAGCGGCCUGUGAGAAGGGGAUCCUGGAGCAGUCGGAGAUAACACUGGUGAGUCUGACAGACGAAGACACGACCAUCACUGAGGAAGAGGAGGUUUGUGAAGAGAACAGUCCAGAUGAGGAAGGACAGAACAGCAAAGAGACAGAGGGGGAAGAAUCCACGUUGUUACCGGAGGACGGAGCUCAAACUCAUCCAGUGAUGGUCCUGGACGCUCACUGGGAUCUGAGCAGACGCCUGCAGGACGUGAACGAGCAGAAGCGCAGGGCUCUGAUCCAGAGAUCCUCUCGCAGGGUGGAAGGCAUCAAGGCCAAAGUGGCUCUGAACAAGAAUCGAGCUGAAUCUGAAGCCAGAGAAGAGGAAUCCGAACUUCGACUUCAAACUGACGAGUCAAAGGACGGAGAGAGUGAAACGUCUGCUUUCAUCCAGCAGAGAAAGGGUCAGCCUCCACCUCCAGCGAGCGCCUCCGUGCUGAAAGAGGUGAAGAUCUACGGCCCAGAGCAAAGGAAGCGGGACGUUAGUGAGAUGUACCAGAGAACUCAGAGACUGUUCCAUCAGCUGGAGGAGGUGAAGCAGCAGAAAACCAUCCGGAGCCGACAGGAAGCUUCCGCACAAAACCGACUGAAGGCCAAAGAAUUCCACAAGAAAACUUUAGAGAAGCUUCGAGCCAAGCAGACGCAGCAGUGACUCCAUGUGACAGUUCUAGUUUUGUAAAGUUUUAUAAUAAAGUAUUUAAGUUAUUUAAA